UAAGGGGACUUCAUGGGCUUACGUUUGUAGUCCCAGAUGUCAACUCCGGCGCACCUCCCACUGAUGCUUUUAGUAUUAUUGCUACAGUUGGUGUUACUGGUGGUGAUACUUCUCUUGGACGAAGAAUGAAAGAUACGGACAGAGUUCUUCUUGUAAAGAAAUAGAAAUAUCUACAUCUUGGACUAUGUUUCAUAAAUCAAUGGCAAAAAUCAGCGUUCGCAGAUGGGUCAGGGACUCUGGAGAGUUGCUAGGAACCAGCAGCUGCAGCACCAAGGAUACAGUGGACAAGGCUAUCUUCCCAGAGAGCAUGGUAGGAGGAUAGCUACUAACAAUGUUCCCAGUACAAGCCAUCGCAAACAAACCCAAGGAGGCAUUGACAUCUACCAUCUGUUGAAGACAAGAAAAUCUAAAGAACAAGAAGGAUUCAUUAACCUGGAGAUGCUGCCCCCAGAGCUUAGUUUCACCAUUUUAUCAUACCUGAAUGCAACUGAUCUCUGUCUGGCUUCAUGUGUCUGGCAGGAUCUUGCAAAUGAUGAGCUUCUCUGGCAAGGGUUGUGCAAGUCCACUUGGGGUCACUGUUCUAUAUACAAUAAGAAUCCACCUCUAGGAUUUUCUUUUAGAAAAUUGUAUAUGCAGCUGGAUGAGGGCAGCCUCACCUUUAAUGCCAACCCUGAUGAGGGGGUCAACUACUUCAUGUCCAAGGGCAUUCUAGACGAUUCGCCAAAGGAAAUAGCCAAGUUUAUCUUUUGUACAAGAACACUAAAUUGGAAGAAGCUGAGAAUCUACCUGGAUGAAAGGCGAGAUGUUCUGGAUGACCUUGUGACCCUGCACAACUUCAGAAAUCAGUUUCUGCCAAAUGCACUGAGGGAGUUCUUCAGACACAUCCAUGCUCCCGAGGAGCGGGGCGAGUACCUGGAGACUCUUAUAACAAAGUUCUCUCACAGGUUCUGUGCUUGUAACCCUGACCUGAUGAGAGAGCUUGGCCUUAGCCCUGAUGCAGUUUACGUACUAUGCUACUCUCUGAUUCUGCUUUCCAUUGAUCUAACCAGCCCUCACGUGAAGAACAAGAUGUCAAAAAGAGAAUUCAUCCGAAACACACGACGAGCUGCACAGAAUAUUAGUGAAGAUUUUGUAGGGCACCUUUACGACAACAUCUACCUUAUUGGCCACGUGGCUGCCUAAAAAGCACAGUUUGCUAGGACUUAACAUUUUAAACUUCAAGAACUAAAUCUAGUGAAGAAACUAAUUAUUUUGUAGACUUGGGGGUUAUUUUAGUGCUGGUCAUUCUAACCUCUGUAUGCAAUCAGAGAUUGUGUGUGUAAGUGUUUGUAUGUGUAUACUACCUUUUCUAUCGAGUUACCAUGGGAGCCGAAGGACUUGGAGAUCUUUCUUAAUAUUUUUUAGUUUUGCACAAAACAAUGUGAUUUGUCUGACACAGCCCUUUAUGAAUGUUAAACUGACAUUACAGUCUAAGCUGACGGAGUGGUGGAUUUGUGCAUUAGAUUGGCUUGAAACUUUAAU